UUAUUUUUAUCAUCACAAGAUGACAUCGCAAUUAUAUAUCUGUGGUUAAACAUAAAUAAAUCAAAACUUACCUCAGCGAAAAAAUUAAUGAAACUGAUUAUAAACGAAGACAAGAAACGUUUUUGUAAAAAAUUUUGAAAUAUAUUAAUCAAAUAUCCGUUAACGUUCAAAAUGCAACAAAAUAUCAAUCAAUAAAUCCUGAUUAACUCGGAAUUCAAGCAAUGUUGAAGAAGCCUGAAAAGUUUUUCAAUAUAUAACAAAUAUCAAUCAUUAUAAUAUUUCAUCUAAUUAUUUUUUUUCAUCACAAUGACGAAUUCUAAGGAGGGAAAGUCAAGCAAUUCGCGAUGAUCACUAAAAAAUAAUUCACCGGACGAUCCUCCUUUCUAUCGUCACGGACUUUCAAUCACCAUGAAGUUCAAAAUGUACGAGAAAAAGAAUUGUUCUUCGCGAUAUAAACGGUGAAUCACAUUAACAUUUUCACCAUGCUGAACGUAAUGGCGGCUAUGUCGACGAAAUUACCUCAAAUAGAAUCUACGUCUUCGUCGAUCCUUGUCAACAAUUCCAUCGUCGCCAUUAGUUCAACGACAACCACAUCGGUCGCGAACGUGACGACAGAAAAUCCGACGGUGGAGAACCUUCCCGAGAAUGUGAACGUGCCGUUGAUGGUGAUCAAAGGUGUCAUCAUGGGCGCCAUCAUCAUCACUGCGGUUCUCGGCAAUAUGCUGGUGAUCGCCAGCGUUCGGAGACAUCGCAGACUCCGUGUGGUCACCAAUUGUUAUGUCGUCAGUCUGGCGGCGGCCGACCUGCUGGUAGCGAUGUGCGCCAUGACCUUCAAUGCCUCGGUGGAACUCUCGGGUGGCAAAUGGCUGUUCGGGGCAGUUAUGUGCGAUUUAUGGAACUCGCUGGACGUGUACUUUAGCACCGCUAGCAUCCUUCAUCUCUGUUGCAUCAGCGUGGACAGAUAUUAUGCAAUAGUGAGUCCGCUCGAGUACACAGUGAUCAUGAAACAGAGUACUGUCGGGUGCAUGUUGGGUAGUGCUUGGGUCUUACCGGCACUGAUAAGCUUUAUUCCGAUCUUCAUGGGAUGGUACACGACCAAGGAACAUCUGGAUUACAUGGUGAAACACCCGGGGAGCUGCGAGUUUCGAGUGAAUUUACCAUAUGCGGUGAUCAGUUCCUGCGUGUCUUUUUGGAUCCCGGGUCUAGUAAUGAUCAUCAUGUACUGGAAGAUUUACAAGGAGGCGAUCCGACAACGGAAAGCUCUCAGUCGAACGUCCAGCAACAUCGUGCUCAACAGCGUGCACCAUCAUCGCUCGUCCACCCGGCAUCAUCACCAUCAGCAGAUGUUGCUGCAAGCCGCCGCCGAUACCGGUGAGCUAGCCCUUCACACGGCACACUUCACGGUGCCCACGGAGCUCCACGCCGUUAACGGUACUUCGAUACGACAGCAAACAAGAAGUUGGCGGGCCGAACACAAAGCUGCAAGAACACUCGGUAUAAUUAUGGGGGCGUUUCUUCUCUGUUGGCUGCCGUUCUUUAUCUGGUAUCUGACGACAUCGUUGUGUGGCGAGGCCUGCUACUGUCCGAACACGGUAGUAUCGGUGCUUUUCUGGAUAGGUUACUUCAACAGCGCCCUAAAUCCGCUCAUCUACGCGUACUUCAACCGCGACUUUCGCGACGCCUUCAAGGACACGUUGAAGAGUGCCCUGCCCUGUUGCGCCAAUUGUUGUCAGACACCAUCGCAAUUUGUGUAGCGCGACAAAAUUUGCAGAAAUUCAUUUCUGAAAGGCGAGUUUAUCAAUCCUCACAACCUACCUAUCUCUCUUAUUUUCUUUUUUCAACGAAUUUCCAGUCAAAGCGAAAUUGAACUACUUCGUUCCAGCGAUUUUUGAACAAUCGACAUCGUUCGCAAUUAACUCUUAUUGCCCGGAUCUAUUGACUUCACACACCAUUGGCUUUUCCGUUGUUCGUAACUUUGUGCAAGGCGCACAUGUUACAUUGAUUGUUAAUCGUCACGCGAUGCACGCCUUGUAGCGAGUGUACUCUCUUUACGUUGUAACAAUGUAUUCCCGUUUUAAGUUUUAGCUAUUCAUAAAUGUUUUCGCUACUUA